AUGGAUAGGUCCGAUAUCAACUCAGCUCCAGCCAGCAAGCGAUUAUGUGAAAUUCCUCAGAUUAGUGCUGUCGAAAGUAGAAACAUAUCUCCGGAGAGUCUCAGAAACAAACAUGCUUUUGGAAACCCGACUCCGAUUGCAUUGGGAGGAUUCGUCAUGUGCACUACCCCGUUGUCCAUGAUUCUUCUUGGCUGGGAAGGGGCUGGUGGGCUGGGUGCCGCAAAUGUCGGAACAUACUUCUAUCUUGGCGGUCUGCUCCUGUUGCUUGGCGGUGUAGGAGGAUGGAUUCUUGGGAAUACGUUCCCCGCAGUGGUCUUCUGCCAAUUCGGCGGGUUUUGGUUCGCAUAUGGUGCAACCCUCGUCCCUGGCUAUGGAGCAUAUGGCGCCUACUCUGUGGACGCAAAUAACCCCGCAGAAGGCCUGAAGGAAUCAGCAUUCUUUGCCACUUUUGCAUUCUUCCUUUUUGCCAUGGCACUCCUCUGUGUUGUUUUCUUUGUUGCGAGCAUUCGCACAAAUGUCCUCUUCUUUCUGAUAUUCCUUCUUUUAAUUCCUACUUUCUGCUGUCUUGCUGGUGCUUUCUUCCAUCUUUCUCAUGGAAAUACUGGCACCGCAGCGACACUCCAAAAGGUCGGAGCUGGGAUCUUACUGGCUGUGUCGUUUUUGGCUUGUCGAUUUCCCAUACGUUCUUCCACUGGGCGACCUCUCAAAUUUGGUGAAGGGGGCAAAGAAAUGAGGAUAAUGAGGCACUUGGGUGUUGUAUCAGACACAGUGCAAGCCCUUCAAACUUCAUUGGGGAAAUGGGAUCCAGCUCGUAUAGUGGUCAUCCACAACUUCUCACUUAAGGACUUGGAUGUGCACAUGCAGCUUCACACGCUCCAUCUAGCGAUCCAAGGUCCAUCCCAGUCACGGACCACUGGUGGCCAAGAGGACCAAUUGUUCCAAUCAUAUGUACAAAGCUGUGCAAAGGGUUGCAAAUGUCAUGAAGCGACCACAUAA